AAUGUUCGUCAUGAAAAUCGGAAACUACGUGAGCGUGAGAUUCAGCGUUUACAUAGCGAGACUUUUGAGUCGUGGUUUCAAGAUCAUGUUGAGGGGCUGCAUACCAGAGGGGAUCAUAGAAUCACUGAAGAUCUAAGAAACUUGGCAAGUGGCCUAACUGAGUUUGUGAAAAAAUAUAAGGGAUUUAUCAUAAAUGGUUUCCGAUUUCACACAAAGAUCUAGAUCUGGAACAGAAUAGGAAAGCACAAAAUAGUGGAGUUAUGCUUGAGGCCAUGACUAAUAGCUUCUCAAGUGCUAAAGAUAACAAUCCUAUCGUGGGAGAUGUAACAUACUAUGGGGUUUUGAAUGAUAUCAUUGAGUUGGAAUAUGCUGUUGACAGGAAAGUAGUUUUGUUCCAUUGUGAUUGGAUCUCGAAUGGUUCAAGGAAAAAGCAAGAUGAGAAUGGGUUUACUCUACUCAAUUUUGAAGGUUUGAACCCUCAUAACGACCCUUUUAUACUAGCUUGUCAAGCACAACAAGUAUUUUAUGUUGCAGAUCGUGUUGACAAAGGAUGGAAAGUUGUGAUCAAGACAACGCCUAGAGAUUCUUAUGACAUGAAUGAACAAACAUGUCUUGAGAAUGUGGAAACACAUUUGCAGAGUGACACAUCUACGGGUCCUCAACUUGAUGAAAAUAUGAAUAUUGAAUUGGUUAGAAGGGGUUUAAAUGGGACCGUUGUUGACAAAAAUACCUUAGUUUUUGACGGAGAUGAAGAUCUAUUUGAAGCUGCUUCAUGAUUUCAAUUAGUUAUUUAAUAAUAUGAUUUUUUUUCAUCGCAUAUUCAAUACUUGUAUUUGAUUUUUUUUUUCUGCAUCGCUGAUAAUAAUUAUUUUUUCAUCGCUAUUGCU